AUUUAUAUAUCAGAGUUCUAAAACUUGAGCACAUCAUCAAAAAUUUUGCUCUUGUGUGUAGCUGUUGUCUUUGGUUCAUGUUCCAAUCGACGAGAAACUUGAUCUUUGAUUCGUGAGUAACCAAAUUCUCGCCAUGAACGAGAAGUGGAUCACAGGAUCUUGUAUGGGUAUACCUGAUGAAAAAUCUAGCAGCUUGUAUCCUAUGCUUUUUAGCGUAUCAUGUGCACUCUUUUCCCUCAAACACUCGUCGGGUGAUGAGAGAAAGCGGACUGAAAUUACAGACAGUAUGCUUCAUGGUGGUGCUAGCUUAAUCAGUUUGCUUCUCUGGAGAGUUCAGAGAGAAGAACAAGUCAAAACUGAGAAGUUUGAGCUUUUAAGUAAGCUGAAUAAAGCAGAAACAGAGAUUGAAGAGUUAAAGAGAAGGCGAGUUGAAGAUGCGAAAGCGAAUGAGAAAGUUGUUAGCAUCUUUGCAGCACACGAGCAGCGCUGGUUGAUGGAAAGGAAGAAACUUACUCAGCAUAUUCGAAUUCUUUUGAAUGAAUUACGAGUUAUCAAUACGAAAAGGGAAGAAAAUGCAUCAAAAUUGAGUGAUCAGCUACAGGAGAAGGAAAAGUUGUUGGAGGAAGAAAAGCAAAAGAGAAUAGAGCAAGAAGAAACUGUACAAAAGACAGAGAGAACAAAUGAGGAGUUGAGGGAAAUGUUGAAACGCGAGGCUCAAGAGCAUUCUAAAGAGAUUUGGAAGCAUAAAAGUGCUUUUAUUGAGCUUGUAUCGACACAACGGCAGCUUGAAGCAGAAAUGGGUAGAGCUGUUAGACAAGUUGAAGCAGAAAAACAAGAGCUUGAUGCAGUUUUAGAGCAAAAAGAACAAUAUGUUUUGAUGACCCAGAAACUGUCGAUGGAACUUAUUAAAACACGCAAGGAUUUGGAGCAAAAAGACAAGAUUUUGUCAGCUAUGCUGAGGAAAUCUAAAAUGGAUACAGCUGAGAAGCAAAUGUUACUGAAAGAAGUCAAAAUGUCAAAGAGUAAGAGACAGCAAGCUGCUCUAGAAACAGAGAAGUCGAGGAUGGUGCCUGAAACGCGACAUGAAAGAUACUCGCUAAGAAGUAUGCUAUCUAGACAUCACAAAUUCAAACCGGAACCCAUUGCAGGCAUCAAAGAGGCCCCAUCUGGUGCAGUGAUGCCAUCCCGCACAGGAUCACAGCCAACCAAUCUGCUCGAGUACAAGCAAUCAGAGUUUAAGGAAGAGCAAGACGUUACUUCUCCCUUUUCUCAACAAACAGAGGCAAGCGAAGAAUUGGUUCUUGCAGCGGAUAUUAGUAAAUUGGAAGGAUGGGUUCAAUGUGAAGCUGAGAAAUGUAUAACCAUCCUGGAGCAAAGGCAUCAGCUUGAGGUGAACGCUUUUGCAGAACAAUUGAGACUUAAAGAUGAGAAAUUAGAAGCUUUUCGUUGGCAUUCAUUGAGCAUGGAUAUUGAGUUGAAACGACUUCAUUCUCAUAUUGAAGGACUUGGCCACGAUCUAACGAAGCUCAAAGAAAGAAACCUUAAAGUCGAAGCUUUAUUGUUGGACCGUGAAUCAGAAUUGCAUGCCUUGAAAGAGCAAAUGAAAUCAGAAUUACAACCCAGAACUCCAAAAUCCCAGAUAUCUUACUCGAACACACUGUCACCCUCACAUCCUCUUGCUACAGCACAUGUUGAUGGUGUUUGGUCAAAUGAUAGAAUCAUAAAGAGGAAACCAGGGGAGAAAGAGAAAGAUCUAAAAGUUCCCUCUGAAGAAAUCUUUGAGGAAAGCGCUUUUAAAGAUGCAUUGUUGACUGUCCAAUCUCCAGAUAAGGAAUUUGAAGAUAAGAAAGAUAUAAUUUCUGUUAAAGAAGAAUGUGCUAGGAAAAAAGAAAUUCUAAAUGCUGAAAACAUGCCAUCAUCAACAUGGAAGAUGGAUCUUCAUGCUCUUGGAGUGUUCUACAAGAUUAAAAGGCUUAAUCAACAACUUCUCAUGUUCGAGAGGCUGACUGGAAAGCAAGAAAGUUGUGAAAAUAGUGAUUGUGAUGAUAAAAGCCAGUUUGGGGUUAAGGGAUUUUAUGGCCUCAUGUCUUUAGUCAAUAAACAAGUUAGCAGAUAUCAGUCCCUCCAAGAAAAGGCUAAUGAUAUCUGCAAGCGAAUGCAUGAGAAUGAUCAGGAUGCAAGCCGUAGUGGCUCUUUCGCUGCAAAGUCAAAGGAUGAAACUAAGAAAUUGGAGCACUUCCUUGAAGAGACGUUCCAAUUACAGAGGUACAUAGUGGCAACAGGACAGAAAUUAAUAGAGAUACAGUCCAAGAUCGCUUCUGGGUUUGUUGGUGCUCCAGAUGAUGGAUUUGAUGGAUGUGCAACCAGCUUUGACAUGAAGAAAUUUGCUGAUUGCCUUCGAAGCCUCUUCAGGGAAGUCCAAAGAGGUCUAGAAGUUCGAAUAUCUCGAAUCAUAGGAGACCUUGAGGGCCCACUUGCUUGGGAUGGGAUGAUACAUCCAAGAACUUAGCUCUUUGUUAUUGUUUAGUUUUACAAUAUAGUGUAUUGAUGAACUUGUAAUAGGAUAAUAACCAAAGUGGUUUACAUGAAUGUGUGUAGGAAAAUAAACAAAAUUUUGAUGAAUUUCAGAAAGGUUCCCUUUC